GAAGUCGAGAGUCGAUUCGAUUGAUGAGAGACAAGCAAGAAGGAACAGAAAUCGUAUUUCUUAAAGAAAAAUUCCUUAAAAAUGAAAACAGAGUCCUUAAUAAUACAAUCAGCUGUCUUCGCAUGCGUUUUUUCUGUUUGCAAAUCAUCCAAAGUUUGUUCAUAUUAUGGUGAACAUCGCUAUGCAGCCCCACAAUCAAGUCUAUCAAACUGCUCCUGGUUUAGCAACUCGGCUUGCUGUCGUCGUACAGAGGUUACAUCUGUGUUAGGGGGCAUGUACAAAAUCAACAAGGCAACACAGGAGUGCAAGAACAGACUCAACUAUAUGAUGUGUUACUUCUGCAGUCCUGAUCAGAUGGACUGGUAUGAUGAAAAUAGAGUGAUCAUAUGUUCCGAAUUCUGCGAGGCCACGUACAAGUCAUGCAAGUCCGCAACCUUCAAUAAUGAACCGCUCCUAAAACAAUACGAGACAUCUAGCCAAUUCUGUGAGGCCCAGAGUUUUCAGGUGAUAUCAGGCACGCGGAACUGUUUCAACUUUGACCCAAAUGUAUUUGACACUGGCGGUCAAUCAUUGUCAUCCUUUCUUUUCAUCAUCAUUUCCCUCCUAAUUUCUGUUAUCUUAUUUCAUUAAUAUUAUUUAAAAACUCUCAAUUUUGUACUUGUUUGGUUUAUAUUUAUUAUGCUGACAAAAACAGGUAUAAAUUAUCAAAUUUUUUUCAUUCCAGUAAACCCAGGGUAUUGCUAUAAAACACUCUUAAUGUUUAGCUGGCUGUACUUAAGCAGCAGAUAGUGGUCAUUCAAUAAAAACCAUUGCUAUACCACAGUGUACUGUAAUCCAGGGGUGGGCAUCAAAGUGGGUCGGAGGGCCAAAGUGAAUUUUUUAUUUAACAUCGAGGGCCACACCCAAACUUUGAUGUUUCCAGUGGGUUCCAAAACCUUCAUGUAAGCCCUCUCAGAAUUUGUUAGUCCUGACAGGGCUUCCGACUUUUUAUACGAAUCCAUCCCAGACCUGAAGUCUUAAUAGCCCUAUAAGCCAAAGAAUUUGAUGUAUUAUUUUGUUGCAUGUAUAUGUGGCAAAGACAAGCCAAAUCAGUCACUUGUCGCAAACAUCAAAUUUUGGUUAUUAAUACAGGGCUAUACAGUAAAAUGAGAGCUAUGAAAUGGUUGUAAAAGAAUCAUUUAAAUCCGACAUUUCGUUAUGAAGUUACAGGAGUUUAAACAUACAGCUGUUUAAAGAACAAUAUUCAAGAAAUCAG